GAUAAUCUUGAUAAUCUUUUUUCGGUACGACGAUAAAGGAAAAUAAAAAGCAAUAAUGGACGUCGUACUUGAGAUAUGCGAUGAUUUGUUUUUAGAUUACACCUACGCCAAAGCUUUCCCAAAGACACCAUUACCAACAUGUGCUUACGCACCAAUUGACGCGCCAUCAUGCACGAAUGGAACGGCAAGCGAUAUUUUACAUUAUGAUCAACUCAGCAGUCUCGGGAGAGACAGUUUAAUACGGCAAACUAUAUCACUUAGUGUUUUGACCUACAUUGGUAUACACUUCCUUUAUUUCAUUUGCGCGGGUUUGAGUUAUCAAUUUAUUUAUGACAAAAGAGUUAUGCGUCAUCCACGCUUUCUCAAGAAUCAACUUAGAAUGGAGAUCGACAGUUCACUUAGUGCAUUCGGACCAUUGACAUUAAUGACAGUACCAUGGUUUAUCGCUGAUGUCAGAGGUUGGUCGAGACUAUACGAAAAUGUUAAUGAUUAUUCGUACUUCUAUUUCGGUUUUUCUAUUCUUUGGUUUUUGCUUUUCACAGAUUUCUGCAUUUAUUGGGUACACAGGAUAGAGCAUCACCCAAUGUUUUACAAAUGGUUGCACAAACCUCAUCACAAGUGGCUAAUUCCAACACCAUUUGCUAGUCAUGCUUUCCAUCCACUCGAUGGAUACUUGCAAUCAGUACCUUAUCACUUAUUUAUUUUCAUUUUCCCACUUCACAAGUAUUUAUAUUUGGGAUUAUUUGGCUUCGUUAAUAUCUGGAGUAUACUCAUUCAUGAUGGUGAUAUGAGAUGUGGUGGUACAAUGGAAAAAAUCAUCAAUGGUCCUUCACAUCAUACACUCCACCAUCUCUACUUCACUGUCAACUACGGUCAAUACUUUACCUUCUCCGAUAGAGCAUUCAACAGUCAUCGUGAACCUAAACCAGAGUUAGAUCCACUCAAUCAAGUUUUAGAAUUGGAGAAGGAAAGAAAUGAGAAGAAGGAGAAUAAGAAGAGUAUUUAAGGCGAUAGCAUUGCAUAUUCCCACCAAUAAACUGUUGAUAUAAUUAAAUAUAUACCCUAAUCUAAUAUAUACAUUUUUU